GCCGUUCUUCGCAGUGCAUUGUGGGAUAGUAGGCGAUUCACAAUGGCGGCGAAACCAAAUCAAUUUAAACUUUUGUAUCUAAGUUGGAUACACGUAGCGGUUCUUUCACUUAAUACCUUUAUUGAGGCCACUGACUUGACGUGGGAUGAAAACGGAUACAUUCUGUACUGUCCCUGCAUGGGUAACUGUGCAUUUUGCGACACUUUUACAGAAAGGUGUUUGUAUCAACACGGGAAUUAUGCUAAACCUAACCGGAUAUCAGUCGGUUUGGAAACCAGGCGGAUCAUUUUCUUGGCUCGCUGGCUUUUGCUAAAAUGCUGAACCGGACUUUAGCGGUUCCGCCGUGGAUCGUUUACCGGCAUCACGCGCCUCCGUACACUAACGUGCAUGUGCCCUACAGCGAAUACUUCCAGCUGGAGCCGCUGAAGCAGUACCACCGUGUGGUGAGUCUGGAGAACUUCAUGGACCAUCUGGCUCCGACACACUGGCCACCGGGCCAGAGAGCUGCUUACUGCUUCGAGUCGGCCCUCCAGCGGAGUUCAGAUAAGAAGAGCUGCCCUAUGAAGGAUGGGAAUCCAUUUGGUCCAUUCUGGGACCACGUAGGAGUUGAAUUUGACCGUUCUGUCCCGUUUGGUGGCCUGUAUUUCAGCUCCUACUACAUUCCACAUUGGAUUAAAAGGUUUCCCCCAGCGGAGCACCCGGUGCUGGCUCUUCCUGGAGCUCCAGCCCAGUUCCCCGUGUUGGAGGAGCAUUUGGACCUGCAGCGCUAUGUUGUGUGGAGUGAGAGGAUGGUGCAGGAUGGGGAGAAGCACAUCAGCUCGCUGCUUACCAGACCUUACGUGGGGAUUCAUCUCCGCAUUGGAUCAGACUGGCAAAACGCGUGCAAGCUGCUGCAGUCAGGCGAAGCCGGUCCCCACUUUAUGGCCUCGCCGCAGUGUGUGGGUUAUGACAGACAGACAGCACUACCGCUCACCUUGACCAUGUGUUUGCCUGACCUGAAGGAAAUCCUGCGUGCUGUCAAGCUCUGGGUGAAAAAGAUCAAAGCUCAGUCUGUCUACAUUGCCACUGACUCCGAGUCUCACAGCUCCGAUAUUGAGAAACUCUUCAAAGGAAAGGUAAAGGUGGUCAGUGUUAAUCCAGAUGUGGCUCAGCUUGACCUGUACAUCUUGGGCCAAGCCGACCACUUUAUUGGCAACUGUGUCUCAUCCUUCUCAGCCUUUGUUAAGCGGGAAAGAGAUAUCCAUGGCAGGUCCACCUCCUUCUUUGGCAUGGACUACCCUGUCAAAAAGGAAAGAAAAGAUGAACUUUAGAAACCAUCUUGCACUGAAGUGUUCAUAACUGUGAAAGCUGACUCUUUUUUAGUGAUCUCAGGUGAAUAGUUUACAGAAGAGUGAGCCUCAGAAGGGUUUUUGGUUUAGUGUAGAAGGCACAAAAAGUUUCAGACUUAUAACUCCAUACAGAAGUAUUUUUUCAGAUUAUAACAUUCCAUGAUUAAACACACCCAUAUUGAUAAACAGUACACAUAUAUAGUAUUCACAGGCUACUGCAUUUCAUGCUAAUGUACUCCUGUUAAUUUAGCUGUUUAGACGCUAAAACAAAUGCUGAUCCAUGCAUGUAUGUUGUGUUCACAUAAACAGUAAAAUACAAUAGGAUUUAUAACUUUAUGAACUAGAAGCUAGCUGACAUUUGGAGUGUAAUAGUUGUGUCUUAUUGGAAAGCGAUCCCCCCCUCAGGGGCAGUAAAUGAUCCUCUGGAUGCUAAUUAUAGUGGAGUGAGGAGCCCAAAUUAGUCACUUGGUUUGUGCUUAAUAACAAACCUGCACACUACAAAAAAGGGAUGCAAGGGUCUGUUUCUUCAAAAGUGAGGAUACAGUAUAUGGUCUAGUUGUAUAAUUUUUGUAAAGCCAUUGGAAAAUAAAUUGUAUUUUAAUCUGCGCAUAAAUGCAUUGAAUUUUUCUAAUGGAGAAAAUAAAUCUCAGUGGUCCGAC